AUGCUGAGUCUUGCCUAUGCAGCCAAUACAAAAACCAAUCUAGCCAACAAUUCCUUGAUAUCUUAUUUUAUUGAUCCUAGAAAAGUUGAGAAUUUCUUAAAAAACACCCAAACCGGAGCCGCUCAUGCUGUUCAGGGAGCAGAUAUUGGAGUCUUGGUUCACCACCUCAUGACUUCAAUGGUUCUAUGUGUUAUUCAGCUAUGCAUUUUCUGUUAUUUGAGAAGAAUUCUCAAGCGAUUUUAUCAACCAAGGACAAUCUUAGACAAUAACAUUGGUGACGAAGAUGAGAAGUCAAAUGAUAAUGGGUUUUGUGGCUGGAUUUUUGCAAUUUGGCGCCGCCGAGACAGAGACUACUUGGAGCUGGGAUUGGAUGCUUAUUUUUUUCUCAGGUUUAUCCAUUUCUUGCUCAUUUUCUUUUGUAUUACAGGAUCGAUGAACUUGGCUAUACUUAUACCAAUAAACUUGACUUCAAGCAACUCAACGUUUAGCGCAAGUGGCCUAGACAAAUUCAGCAUCUCCAAUGUCUCCAAAAGCAAAGCAUCCUAUUUGAAUUUUCAUUUCGUUUGCUCAUUAGUGACUAUAGCUGUAUUCGAAAUCCUUGUAUGGAAGGAAUUUCAAUACAUUGCAGCCAUGCGACAAGAGUACAUGAACUCUUGGAGGCAUAGGAAAAAAAUUUCAUCAAGAGUAGUCUUGCUAGGCAAUAUUCCGCCAGAUAAGAGAGGCUCUGCUGCAUUAGCAGAGUUAUUCGACCAAUUCCCUAAUGGAAUCGAGCACAUCUGGCUUCUUGACGACUAUCAUGACUACACAAUGCAUCAUUUAGUUGCCAAUGAGGCGAUCCGUGUGCUAGAAAGGUAUCUUCUUUCGAUUAUGAAAAACAAGAAAGCUAUGGUACGAUUUCGAAAUGAUGAGAACAAUUCCCUUGACCUUCUUUUGAUGCAAAAGUUUUACCCACCUCUUAUAGUCAGAAUUGGAGUGAAAGCAUUAUCAAGACGAGUCAUCUACAUUAAAUUUCCUGGAAUAAUAAGAGCUUUUGCUAUGCAGAAGCAAGUAAGUCUAGUUGCUUGGUCGAUGCAAACACUUGAGACCUCUUCCAUUGUCCUACAGCAAAGAAUCACUGAGUUAGCAUCGGGUGAUUUUGAGAAAUUGGACAAAGCGUUUCUCGUUUUUAAAACUCCGGAAUCUGCAUACUUGGCCUACCAGUCUCUCUUGUCUCCUAAAUUUGGGCAAAUGGAUGAAAGCCUUAUUGAGGUUCAGAAAGAGGAUGUCGUCUGGCCGAAUCUCAUGCGGACUAGUGGAGUGAUAGCACUCAUGAUCAGGCAUUUGAUGAACGCAUUGAUCAUCAUAUUGACAUGUUUGUAUGUGGUCCCAGUUUCAUUGAUUACUCUUGUUUCGCAGAUUCCGUUUUUGACACAAUUGUUGCCAUUUAUGGGGUUCUUGAGAAAACUUCCUGUCAUUGUAGAGUCAGUGUUCUCGAGCAUUGUUCCAACUUUAAUUCUCAGUUUCUUGACAGAUAUGCAAUUAACAAUAUUCCGGUUUCUCCUUGUGAUGAAGGGUCAUUGGACAGGUGCAGAGAUUGAACUUGACCUCCAGGUAUGGUAUUUCAUAUUCAUGUUUGUUCAACAGUUUCUCGUUGUUUCGGUGCUGAGCAGUCUUGUAUCAAUGUUCUUGAGUUUUGUGGAGAAACCUACGUCUUUGCCCAUCCUACUAGCUGCAAACAUCCCAAUGAGCUCGAUAUUCUUCUUCAAAUACUUAUCGGUGAAAGCGUUCGCGUUAUGUGGAAGCGACUUUCUAAAGUUCAGAUCCAUGAUUCGAUGGGUGUUCAUCACCAAUUGGUUCGACAAGACACCCCGCCAACGAACAGAGAGAACCAAACAACUUACGGUAAUUAAAUGGGGAGCAGUGUAUGCUUCAUUCUCAGUGUACGCGGCUAUUGGAAUUAUCUAUAGCACCAUUGCACCGCUAGCCUCCCUAUUUAUGAUUGUCCUUUUGAUUUUCUUUUCUCUCUACUACAAAUAUGCCCUCACGUACAUGUUUAGUAAGGACAACAAGUCGGAGACAAAUGGAAGAUUAUACCCCAGGGCCUUGUUCCAGCUAUACGCUGGUGUAUACUGCUUUGAAUUUUGCCUAGUGGGUAUAUUUCUUUCUCUGAGGAACGACAACGGAGAUCAUACCAUGAAGACACAAGCGCUCAUAAUGGCUUUUGUUUUCGGACUAAGCGUAUCCUCAAAUAUUGUUGGGUACAGAAGAUUCCAGAAAUUGUUCAGAUUUAUGCCUCAAAUCAACGAGAAGCCCGAGAUUCUAGAGCAUGGACCCGACGAGGAGCCGGCAGCAAUUUGUCAGUCUCAGAAACAACUUUUGUACUUUCACCCGUGCUACCAAUACCGAAGACCUUUGAUAAUCCUACCAGAAGAUAGUCAAGGAAAUGGCCAAUAUCUCAUCCUGCUCUUGAGCCAUUUUACCACAGCACUAGGACUGGAAACACCAAAUCUCGUAUGA